AUGCCUACUGAAGAUCUGCGCAAGAGCCUUGCCAAGCCCAAGGUUGAGGAGUUACAGCGCCUCGACAAUGACCGCCCAACGACAAACCAAAACUUCAAGAACUGGAACAAGGCCCUUGAGGCGUGCGCAAAUGGCUGGAGGAUGCCGAGGCCUCGCUACCAGGUCGUAGUCUCCCCCAACAGCCUGAUCUCAACGCCGGAGAAAUUGCAGGACAUCGCCGGAAUGACUGCACCACCCAAAAUCAUCAACACCACCUACACUACCUUGAACGGCGACCGAGACGAUGCUCAUCUGCAGGCAUAUGGCAAGCCCGAGGAGGUCCAGGUCGGCGAGGUCAGCUGGCCUGAGCUUGUCGAGAUCAGAAAUAAGACGGAGUGCGAUCAUUGGUUGUUUGUCUGGGUUGAUGGAAAGGUUUCCGGUGCCACCCUCGUCAAGUCCUUCAAGACGCGCGACAAGAAUGAUCAGUGGUAG